AAAAAUGGCGGUUUGCGAGGAUGAACGAAAAGUUGUACCGAGUUCAUCGCCAUCAAAGACAGUUCAGUCGGUUAACCAAAGAGCUUUAAUUGGAAAGCUUAAACGGUUUGGUGGUGGAAUGCGCCGUCUCUUCGAGCUGGCUUUACUGCCACCGGAUUCUAGUCAAAACCUCUUCGGAGCCUUUACCAGUGAACCUCUAGAUCGCCGUGAAAUCCAAACUUAUUGUGAAUGGAAGGUACAAACUUGCUUUAGGAACUUAAACAGAGGUCAGAGAAAGCGAUCCAAACGAAGAAUUAUAUACAUUUUACCAAUAGGACCCUUUCCGGAAGCAUUAUUGGAACCAUUUCCAGAAAUGGACAUGACUUUGUUUGAGUUGAUAGCCAACUUCGUGGGAAUAUUUUUCCAAGGGAUGAAAGCAAAGUUAAUGGACAAGGUAAAUUUCAUCGACAUAAACUGCAGACAAAGGAUUCACGCUGUCACUGGAAAACUGCAACUGUUGGUAUCAGGUUAGCAAGUUGGUCUUGUUUUCUUUUAUGAUACAUUAAAUGAUUAUAUUAUGAACUGAAGAAUACAGUGGAACCUCUCCUUUGGGGCACCUCUGUUCAAGGGACACCUCCUUUCAGGGGACACAAAAUUUGGAAAAAUCUUCCCGGAAAAAUUCCCCACAUAAUCUUUGUAUCUGUUACCUCUGUUGAAGGGACACCUCUAUUCAGGGGAAAUGGACAGUUUUUCUGGGUUACAAAACCCAGGUUUAAUCUCCACUUAGGGGACACCUUAGUACAGUUAACUCUCACCUUGCCGACACCCUGCUACAAUGGACAUCCCGAUAAUAUGGACAACAGCUAAAUCCCAGGCAAAAAAUAAAUUACAGAAGUUUGACUGAAAUAAACGCCCGCUAUUAAGGACUCUGGCUAAUGAGGAGACUAACUCAAGGUCCCUGCAGUGUCUGAUAUAUAGGGAGCUUUCACAACAUAAAAAGUCUCACUUAAAUUGAUGUACUACACUUAUGGGAAUUUAACACCCAAUAUUGUAGACUAAAGUUAAUCAAGAUUUUUGAUGCAUUAUCUUGCUACUUGAAAUAAUGACUGCAAAAGAUUCCGAGGCAGAAAUGGUGAAUAAAAAAAAAAUUACUAUAACAAACAUCAACCGAACCUGUGCAGUUCUCAUAUACUUCAAUUUUCCCUUUUCACUCUGUCAUGCCAUUAAAAAUGAAAAUGCAAACCAUUCAAUCGAGGAAGUCCAGAAUCUGGGAAAUGAAAGAAGAUGAAUAUACAAAAAGCCUUGCCAAGAAUCAGGUCUGCACGAUACUUCAUAUGCUAGAUAUUUGGAAAAGUGUUUUACCCAAAUUUAUAAAGCUUUGUAUAGAGACACCAUGUUGGUGUCCCUUUGGUGUACGAAAUAUGUCUGCCGCAGCAUGCAAAGAAAGUUGUGUCCGAUAGCCCGGGGCUAGUGGAUUUUGGUUUCGGGCUAGUGAAUUCUGUUCUUAACUUGCCUGAUGGGCAAGUGAAUUUUAUUGGGAAAUUCAAAUUACAGACGGAUUGUAAUCAAUCCUGCUAAUCAAAAAGGGUUUUGGGGCUAGUUGAAAUGACUCGUGGGCUAGUACAUGCUAGCUACAGCUUACCCGAAUGGAAGGCUGUAAAACUGACUUUUUUUGUACCCUGCUGCCGGAAACAAGGAAAAACAUCUGUCUUUGAAUUUUUGUACAAACGCGUGAAUUCAUUUCUUGAGGAACUCAUAGAGAUUAAAGUAAUAUUUAUUCUGAGACAUGUUUAGAUACCAAAAUCUCCAAAACUGGGUAAUGUUUUAACCCACAUAAGAGCUUUCUUGCAGCCAUCUGAAUGCCACAUCAUGCAAAAACAUGGAAAUUCGGGGUGUCCUAACACACAUUAGUGUACUAAUACUUUAUUAUUCUUUGAUAAACUUUCAGAUGUGCUAUAUUACUUGAAGACCUGUCUUCCUAGUGAUGGUUUCUGUGUUGUUGGUCUUACCUGGGUUGACUUGUAUCCAAGUGAAGAAUGGAACUUUGUUCUCGGUGAAUCAUCCUGUUUAGAUGGCUGUGCUGUAAUGAGUUUUGGACAUUUUGAGCCACAAUCAUAUAGCAUUAACAAGCUAAAUGAAGUUCAACUUUACAGAAAAGAUUUGACUUUGCUGUUCAAUGGCACUGAUUUUGAUGAUCAAAGUGGAUCUGUAUACAUUGAGAGUGAUCAUAACAUCAGUGCUAACUUAAGAGACUUUGCAGGCAUCAAAUGUGUUGAUAAGCAAAAAAUCUGGAGGCUUCUUCGAGUAAGUAUAUUCUGUAGUCCCCGCUAGUUGGUGGUAGAUUGCAACAUAUGAUUGAAAAAUUGUUGAUUUAUGUAUUUAUAAGAAAUAAUAUAUAAUGUAGCAAUUUGAAGAGAAAGUUUGCAAAAUUUAUUUACAGUACUGUUUGCUUUUGUUUAAAAGUAGAGGUUAUUAUUAAUUUUUUGACAUUAAUUUUUAGACACAAAAUUAACUCAAACUGAAAACCAUUUUUUUAAACAAAUUGUUUUAACUGUGCCUCACAUGGUGGACAUUAAAUUGCUAUUCACAUUUUAAUAAAUACUUUUCUGCAAAGAAUGAUUCCCCGCUGCAGGGGCACCCCUUAGUGACUUUUCAUUAAACAUUAGUUUUCUAGUUUCUCAUUUGAAAUUACCCUGUGUUAUCUUGUGACACAACUAAUGUAGAGAAUUUGAAAUGUGGUCCAGAGACACUUACAUGUAGGGCCUUCUUCUACACCCUUUAUUAUUUAUAUCAGGUGUCUCCUGCGCAGAUGCUCCCACUAGGUAUCCCAAUGAAAAUACAGUGAAACCUCUAUUAAGCGGACCCCCAAUUAUGUGGACACCCUCUAUUAAGCAGACACUAAGCUGGGUCCGGAAAUUAAGCUCUUAUAUUUCCCUUUAUAACGAACCCCUAUUCAGCAGACACCUCUAUUAAGUGGAUGCAAACACUAAAAUAAAACGUAUUUGGCUAAUUUCUAUUGUUAAAAACCUCUUUUAAGCGGACACUGGACUGAAUUGUGCCUGAGCUAUAAGACAUGAGACAUGAGACUUUAAUAAAUUUCAUUGUUAUUAUUAUUAUGUCAGCAAUAUUGGAUUGCAUCCUUGAAAUACGUACUGUAGUGUAUUAAUGGUGAUAAAUCAGUACAUUUAGCAACAGCUGUCAAUAAACUGUAGAUUAGACUGAUAUCUGGCCAUAUAAGUUUCAUCCAUGAUCAAAGUUCACUUAAAAAUCUUGCACAAAGUACAGCACAGCUUCCUUAGCUUCGUUAACAACAUGGAACUUUAUCACUGUAUGUACAGAGUAACCGUUGUGUGUUAACAAAACAGUAACAAACAUUGCACAAUUUCUACAACCUUGAUUAAGCAGACACCCUCUAUUAAGCAGACACUUGGGAAGGUCCCGAAGGUGUCUGCUAAAUAGAGGUUUCAGUGUAGUAAUAAUGGAAAAAUUAAGUGCACAGGCCCCACGUGCUUAAUUUCUCCUUUUCCCCAGCCUUUCUACAACACAAAGAGGUCUCUGCAGAGGAGAGAGAUUUAUAUCUGCGAUUUUGGACGAUGUAGAAAUAAAUUAAAAAGAACUCCCCCACCUCCUCCCUUGUCUUCACCCAAUCACCCUACGUGACAUCAAGGAGGAUGUCAGGUAGCCUUAAGGCAUGGCCUCUAAUGUUAUGUUGUGAUGUCCUUUUGCACCUUUGGUCUUAAGACACAUAAUGGUCUCAUAAUCCAUACAAAAUCCCUUAUUCCUUAAAAAUGUGCAUAAUCUGCACCAAACAACAAUUUUGCAAUGCUCUUUUAAGGCUAUUUAGCUUUGGAAAUAAUACAGAGCCUCUGUAAUGUUCUAUUAAAUUGUGAUGUGAAUCCUGUGAAGGUUAAUGAAAGAGAAAUUGUAUAAUUUGCUGCAUAAGAGACCUCCCAAAAAUUCUGCAUUAUUGCCUAGCAUUUUUUGCUCACUAUUAAAAGAUCUGUUUGCAGGGGAUGGAGUAGGGGUGGGUUUUGUUCUCCAUUUAUUUAGAGCUCCAUUUUUAUUGUUGACCAUCCCCUGUCAAAGUGAGGAUAAUAAUGAUGAUCAGCAUUUGAUUGUGACAUCCUUUGUUUUAUUUUCAGGUGACAAGUCAUGAAAUCUGCCAUCUUUUUGGAAUGUCUCACUGUGCCUAUUUUGCCUGUGCCAUGAAUGAAAGUAAGUCCAUCCUUCAAGCAGAAAAUCAACCUUUAUUUCUUUGUCCUGUUUGCUUGCGUAAACUUCAAAAAGCCCUGGGCUUUGAUGUUGUGGAGAGGUACAAAGAUCUUUGCAGCUUUUUGAACUCUUUCAUCUCUCUAAAUGACUGUGGCAAGGAAACUUUAGAUGGGAAAUUUAUGUCUGCCAUUCAUUGGCUUAACACCAUGAUGAUGUUUAUUGAAGAUAAAAGGUGACUAAAAAAAAGUUUUCAAAACUGAAUCAUUUUUAUGUAGGUCAGUUAAUCUUUUAGGAUUUAUAAAAAUAAGGAAGGAUUUAACAAAGCGACUCAAAGCCUGAAGGUUAGCCAAACCAGAUUCCUGUAAACUUUUCCUAAAAAAUUUAUAGCUCGUAUAGUAAGCAAUUCCUUGCGAGUUUGCUG